UGAGCCUAUCGACUCUACUUGAGAUGGGAUAGGCAAAUGCUUAAACCUAAACCUUCCCACCCCAGUUUAACCAUUUCGCCUCUGCACUGUAGAGUGGGAAUGGAUUUGCUCUAAAGAAAUCCAGCAUAAGUCGUACGGUAAAGGCAAAACAGACUGAAAAUUAAAAAUAAAAUGGUGGAAAUACAAGUGAAGGAUGCCGAGGAAAAGCAGCAAUUUGUGUACGAAUGUGAGUGCAGCGAACAAAUAGAAGAAAUAGCCAAAGAUAUCAUUGAGAUCUACAACCUAAUUACCAAGAUUCAGUAUCUCGAUUUCACUUUCCAACAACAACAAUGUCCACUCCAAGGAUGUCAUGAGGAUGUAGCGAGGUCUCUAACGAGGGCUUUAUCAGAAGCUCAGGCUUAUGCAUCUAAGGAUAUUGCCCUCAACAAGCGACCUUUAUCACCUCAUGUACUGAGAGAUCAUAUUCAAACUAUAGAGGGAGAAGUCUUGAAGAGUCAACUUAUGGGCUUCUCUGAUUCCAAUCAACUACAGAAGCUAUAUUCGGAUAUGGAACUUCUACAAGAGGAUACUACCAAGCUUUGGUGGGCAGGGAAGGAAUUUCUGAGGAGUAAACGCUUAUGUGAUUAUGUUGGCAAAAAUGAGAAAACCAAGAUCCUUAUCAAGUUGGAGAAACCGAGCUUGGGUAGUGCACGUCAAUCUGACAAAGGUUUCAGUUAUGAAAAGGCAUCUUGAAGAUUCACCAGUCAAAAAGAGCAAAGUUGGCAUUCAGGAAACACAGACUCAUACUCUCACAAGUCACACAAUCUAUAGCCACAUGGUGACUGCACUCGUAACCACAGCUUUGGUGUUCUGCUUUACAGUAUCUUUUAUGCAUUUUUUUUGUUGCAUAGCCAAUUAGCAGUUUCUUCUUGUUUUCUUCUUAUUUGUUCAAUGGAAUAUGUCAAUAUAAUUAAGAGUAGUGAGCAUUAGAAUUGAAUCACACAAUAUUAUGCACACUAGGUAUAUUUUCACAUAAAUCCUGCUAAAAACUUUUAUGUAAAUGUAUUGUACAAUCUCCUUACGUAAUUACAUGCGCUUAUAUGCAA